AGGCUGAUCGAUCUUGUGAAGAAGAAAGCUACGAAUUUACAGAGAGUUACCUAUCUAGUAUUUGACGAAGCUGAUCGAAUGUUUGCUUUGGGUUUUGAACCUCAAGUGGUAUCUAUUGCCAAUCACGUACGCCCCGAUAGGCAGACUUUGCUAUUUAGUGCUACUUUCAGGAAAAAAGUCGAAAGGGUAGCUCGCGAAAUACUAUGUGAUCCGAUAAGGGUAAUACAAGGAGACAUAGGGGAAGCCAACGAAGAUGUUGACCAAAUAGUUCGUGUAAUAUAUAACGACUCUGAAAAAUGGAGCUGGUUGACUAGCAACUUGGUCAAACUGACCAGUUAUGGUAGUGUCCUUAUAUUUGUAACUAGAAAGGCAAACUGUGAGGAACUGGCUACAAACUUGAAGUCACGAGAUUUCAAACUAGGAGUCAUUCAUGGAGACAUGAAUCAAAUGGAAAGGAAUGAAGUUAUAACAUCUUUCAAAAACAAACUAAUGCCUAUUCUCGUUGCGACAGAUGUUGCUGCUAGGGGUCUUGAUAUCCAUCAUAUAAAGACAGUAAUAAAUUAUGAUGUUGCGAGUGAUAUUGACACCCAUACACAUCGCAUUGGAAGAACUGGCCGUGCUGGAGAUAAAGGCACCGCAUACACUCUUGUUUCAGCAACAAAAGAUAAAGAAUUUGCCGGUCAUCUGGUCAGAAAUUUGGAAGGGGCUAAUCAACUUGUUCCUAACGAACUUUUAGAAAUCGCCAAUCAAAAUUCGUGGUUUAAAAAAAACAGAUAUGAGCCCAAACAAGUUAAAAAGUUCAAUAUAGGAGGUGCGGGAUUAGGAUUUAAAGAAAAAUCAUCGAGCCAAACAAAAAACAGUGAC